AUGUUCUUAUUCGACAUCUGCUUUCCAUCCACGUCCGAACACUUCAAAAAACGAGGCAGAAGAGGCCUACCCGCUACUGACUCUAGACGCUGGCCAAGUUUAGCCGUCUAUAAGGUUGUCAUGUGGGCAGCGAUCAACACUUGUCUCGCCCUUGUCUCUCAGCUGGGCCUUGACUGGAUCUUGACGAAUGCUACAGGCUGUCGAAGCAUGCUCCGGCUCACCACCAAUAUGCCAAUGCCAUGGGGCACAUUCUGGAAAAUCUUAUUUGCCUUCUUCGGCCGCGAAGUACUCACUUAUCUUUCUCAUCGCUGGCUUCUUCACUGGCGUACAGAUGCAUAUGUCGGCUUCGACGUGGUUCCAGUGUACCUUAGCUCAUGGCACCGAAGUUGGUAUCACAGCCUGCAUACCCUGUACCCAUUCACGGCACAUUACGAUCAUCCGGGCGCUUAUAUAUUCGGCCGAUUUUUACCGCAAUACAUUCCCGUAGUGUUCAUGCGCAUGCACUGCCUGGAGUAUUUCUUAUAUAUCACUAUUGUCAGCCUUGAAGAGCUCUGCGUAUAUUCCGGCUACGGCACCGACCUGACGCGAUUAUCUAUCGGCGUGUCGUCGAAAUGGUUUAUCGGAGGAUGGGAAGUGCAGGCCCACGAGCACUUGAUGAACCGGAGAAUCAAUUUCUCGCCUUGGGGCCUCGGAGAUGCCCUAGCUGGUGCUUUUCAGGGUGAGCGUGUUUCCCCGCCACGACCUCAAUCCCAACCAUCCCAGUCCCGAUCCCAACUAGAAGCCCAGAGAGGACAGUACCAUGUUACUGCCAGGGACAUGACCCGGAGACGGUAG